UCUCUCUCUCAACCCCUCCCCCAUCAAGACCCAGCCCAACCUCGCCUUCCCCACCCAAUCUGGUUGGCUCCGUUUGAAAAUCCUCUGUCUUUCUCGCCUCGUCUUCUACUACUCUGCUUUUGACAAAUUCAGGACCUCUAGAUUGAGUCAUUCCUUCCCGAAAUUAGGAGAUUGGGUGUUUCGAAUCAUGUUGAAAGUGCGUCAUAUAGUCACCGGAAAUUGGAUUUGGUUUCUAUUGAGCCUAUGGAGUUUGAGCAGCAAAGUUUACAAAGUAGUUUAGAUUUCUUUCGAAAUUUGGAAACACAGUUAGUCUUGAAUGACGAAUUCAUCCCAAAAUUCUGGACAGAAGCAAAAUAAAAAUAGCAGUCCAUGGAAAAUCGGAAAAUCUCUAGUCCAUUGGAGCUCUGUUCUGGGCCGAGAGAGAGAGGUAUGGAUUUUGUGCGGAGCGGCGGAGGAAUUUGUGGACGGGAACAUAUUCACGGCAAUACAGCAGCAGGAUCUGAAUGGGACAAAGAAGACACGAAGAGAGAGAGAGAGAGAGGUGUGUUCAGAAACAGGUGAAAGAGAGAACAAAGAGAGUUGGAUAAUUUUUUCCAAUUUUAAGAGGGCAAGAGUGUAAAUUUAUUUCAAUUGAUAGUGGUAGUAAAGUAUGUAGUCGUGGCAUUAUCUGCACCCAAAAAAAACCCCCAAUAAAUAAAGGCCCCAACCAUAGGGUGCUUUGGGGUUCUCUCUCUGCCUCUCUCUCUCUCUCUCUCUCUCUCUCUCUCUUUCUCUUUCUCUCUCUAAAAACACACACACACACACACUCUCUCCAACUCUGAAAUAGAUGAAGCAGAGGCAUCAGAGGAGUAAUGUCCACCACCCACCGCCUCUGAACACCUCUCUCUCCCCUCUUCUCUCUCUCUAGAGCCUGAACUUUCUUUGUUGUGACUCUCAUUGUUCAGUGCCUCAGACCCACAUUUAAUUUCUCUCAUUUCCCCUGUUUUUUUCUGUUUGGAAAAACCGCCAAGAACAAAGAAAAACAGAGGAGUCCAUUUCUGUAUCUAUAUCUCUAAUUGCAUCAUUUUCAUUUUUAUUUUUUUAAGCUUCUUCUGGUUCUCUCAGAUCUAUCACCUACCCUCUCUCUCUCUCUCUCUCUCUCUCUCUCUCUCUCUCUCUGUGUGUUGUACCAUUCUUGUUGCCCUGUUUUGAGUGGAAGAAAUGAGUAAAGAAGAGUUUUUGAAGAUCCAGACUUGUGUGCUGAAAGUGAACAUUCACUGUGAUGGGUGUAAGAGCAAAGUCAAGAAAAUCUUGCAGAAAAUUGAUGGGGUUUAUAAAACCAGUAUAGAUUCAGAACAGGGGAAGGUGACAGUAUCAGGAAAUGUAGACUCAGCCACACUAAUCAAAAAGCUCGUAAAAAAUGGGAAACAUGCAGAGUUAUGGGGUGCUUCCAAAUCAUCUAACCAAAAUAACCUCAAUAACCAGUUCAAGAACAUGCAAAUUGACAACAGUGGCAAAGGUGGAAAUAACAAGAAUCAGAAGGGUGGAAAUGGAAAUGCAAAUAAUCAGCAGCAGCCCAAAAGUGGCCAACAACAGGGCCAGGCCCCGAACCAACAGCAGCUCCAGCAACAGCUGCAGCAGAUUAAGGCUCUCCAAGAUAUGAAACUUCCCCAAUUGAAGGACAUGAAAUUGCCCAACCAAAAGGCUGUGAAGUUCAACUUGCCUGAGGAAGAUGAUCUGAGCGACGACGAAUACGAUGAAUUCGACGAUGACGAAUUCGAUGACGAUGACGAUUAUGAGGAUGAUGAUGAGUUGGAUGAUGCCCAUCACCAUGCCAUGAAUAAGAUGAAACCCAUGAUGGGUAAGGGUCAGAUGCCUAAUGUGAUGAUGAUGGGGCAACAACAGCAACAGCUUAUGAAUGCUCAGGCCAAGGGUGGGAAUGGUGGCGCUAAUGUCGGCAACGGUAACAAAGGCGGCGGCGGUGGAAAUAUUCCUGUUCAGAUGAAUAGUGGUGGAAAGAAAGGCGGCGGCGGUGGUAAUGGGAACAACAAUCAAAAUCAAGCUGGUGGUGGGAAAAAUGGCGGAAAAGCUGGUGGUCCUGCGGAGGGUAAAAAUGGAAACAAUGGUCUCGGGGCUCAAAACAAAAACGGUGGCGGUGCUGGUGGUGGUGGUGGAAAUGGGAAUACUAGUGGUAAUGGCGGAAAGAAAGGAGGGGGUGGAAUGAGUGAUGGUAUUCAAGGUUUUCCCAACAUCCCCAAUGGGUUCAAGGGCAUGGCUGGUGGGAAUGUGGGCCAGAUGGGAGGAAACAUGCCCAUGGCCCAGAUGGGUCAAAUGAGAAACAUCCCAAUAAUGGGCCAGAACAUGGGCCAAAUACCGGCUGUCCAAGGCCUUCCCGCCGGUGCCAGCGGAUACUUUGCUGGAGCCGGCCCGGAUAUUGCGGCCGGUAACCCUUACUUCCAGCAGCAACAACAGCAGCAGCAGCAGCAGCAGCAGCAACAACUGGCGGCCAUGAUGAUGGCCCAACAGCGCGCAAACGGAAACGAACGGUUUCAGCCCAUGAUGUACGCCCGCCCGCCGCCUGCGGUGAAUUACAUGCCGCCUUACCCGUACCCCCCGUACCCAUACCCGCCUCAGGCAGGCGGGUCAGGUGACCCGUACACCCACGCCUUCAGUGAUGAGAACACCUCAAGUUGCAGUGUGAUGUGAAUUUGCUAUAAAGUUAUGGUUACUUUGCGGUACUGUUGCUUCAGUUACAGGUCUCAACAAGUCUUGAUGGCUCUUAUAAUACAUUUGAAACGGGUUCCAUUUUAGUUCUUAUUUUCCACCCUUUUUUUUUUUUCCUUCUGAAAUUUUCUUUUUCUUUUAAUCCCAAGCCUUAAUGAGUCUCUAAUUAUGGUAGUGAGUAUCUUAUACAUAACAUGUAUUAGGUGGAAAAUGAGAUGUAAGUUGGGAAUGGUUGUGGCCUUUGCAUGAAAUGUUUAUAUGGGUUUAUAUAUGAUGGAAACAAAAAAUAAGACAA